UUUGGAUUAAUUAUGUAUGUAUGUAUUUAUUUAUUCAUUUAUUUGUAUAGCUGAGUUCCUAUUGGUUCUCCCAGCUCAAGGGGACACGUAGCAUCCGUCUGCAGCUCCACGUCUCCGCAGAUAAACCCUCCGCCUCCACCUGCACCGACUCCGCUCUUCUACUUUCUAUUUUCCUUUUCUCCAAUGUUUUUGUCGCGCAUUCAGUACCUUUUAACGUGCAUGGCGCACAGCUCCUGCAUGGACGACAGCAACCACCCGUUUUAAAGAGGAGACUUGAGUCUGCCGCGGACCCCCUAAAUGCCUUUCAUUGAGAAAACGCUUCGGACGUUCAAUACAAGCAACCGAUUACCUGACUAACAUGGGCAACAAGCAAACGAUCUUUACCGACGAGCAGCUUGAUGCCUACCAGAGUUGUGAUUAAAGGUUGGGCCGCGGCAUUCUCGAGUUGGUGUAAACCAUUCGCAGCAGCCGGAGUACCUGCGGUCAUACAUCUGACUCAACACCGCCACCCGGCGGCGGUCCUCACGCGUGCACGCGCCUCGUGCACACGCGUCACGUUAGAACUCAGACUACAUCUCCCAUGGUGCCCUCUUCCUGGAGGCAGCCGGUCAUGCGGGUGGAAACAGCAAUGGGCAUCCGCUGCGCCGCGCGAGCGCAACACUCGGAGCGAAAUAUGCACGAAGCGGAGGACGGCGGAGCCGCGAGCCCCAGCGCGGCCGCGCGCAUCGUGGCCGCCAAGUCCGUGGAUGUGGCGGCGGCGGCGGAGGUCGAGGGUGCGAAGAAGCGGGCCUCCAAGCUGUGCGGGUACUUGAACAAACUGUCCGGCAAGGGGCCUCUCAGGGGCUACAAGCCCGGAUGGUUCGUGUACGAUCCCAGGAAAUGUUACUUGUAUUACUUCAAGACUCCCCAAGACGCCUUGCCGCUCGGCCACAUCGAAAUAGGCGACGCGUGCUUCAGUUACGACGUGGAGGGGGAGGAGGGUCAGUUCGAGAUCCGCACCACCGGGAAGGAGUUUCUCAUGAAGGCCCCCACCAGGCAGGUGAUGCAUUUCUGGCUCCAGCAGUUGCAGCAGAAACGUUGGGAGUACAGCAACACGCAAGGCUCUAGCUGGAGCUCGCUGACCCUGGCCUCCCCCCCCACGGGCCUCGUGGGCAAAGACAAUUAUGCACCCGUCUUUCCCAAGCUAAGUGACGGCAUGGAGAAGGUCCGUAGCGACUUUGCCAUGGAGACGGAGAGCGAUGGUGGGGGAAUGGUGGGGAUCCAGUCAGCCCGGGGGCCUUCUGCUGCGUCCACCAACCCCCUCAACUUCUCCCUCAAAAACUUUGGCACAGAACUCCGGAACUCCAUGUCUUAUCUGCGGCUGGGCAGAGGAGCUGAGAGCAGACGCAGCAUGUUUUACGCCAACAGCAGCGCAGAGGAGUGGGAGCUGGUGGACGCACCGACCAAGGACUUCCCUGAACAACAGAAGCAUCACACGGACACACACAGGCAUUCCUUUGGGUCGGCGUUCCAUUUUGACUUUGCGCGCAACGCAUCGCGGCCGAAGAAGCCGUUGCUGCGCGACAUGAUGGCCUCCGGGAGGUUUGGGCGCAGCACCGAGACGCGCAGCGCCGAGAGCCCCCCAGUGGAAUGCAACGGCAGCAGACCUUUGGACGCAGCGUUUCGCCUCCAGAGCCAACAGGAAGAACUUGGCCGCAUGCAGCGCGAGCAGGCCGACCUCCGGGGGGAGCUGGCCAGUCAGAAGGAGUUGGUGAGACUUUUGCAGCAGACUUUGAGGACCUCUCAGUGUGAUCGGCAGCCAGUUUCCCGUCCGGCUCCAGAUUCCUCCGCAGCUUCAGACCACACUCCAGGUUUGGCAGGAACCCAGCAGGAGAACGGCCAGCUGGAGGCUCUACUUCAAGAAAGAGACGGACAGGUCCAGGACUUGUGUGGCCACAUGGAGCGGCUCGCCUUGGAGAAGGAGAGUCUGCAACAAGAGCUUAAGGGCCUGAAGAUAAAGGUGGGCGACAUAAACGAUCAACUGGGGAUGCUGAUGGAGACCAUCCAGGCCAAGGACGAAGUCAUCAUCAAGCUGUCGCAAGAGAGUUCGGAGCAGAGCGCCAUUCAGAGCGACGGCUCCCCUUUACCCGUCAAAGAUCAGGAGGAGAUGGACAUCCUGAAGGACAGUCUUCAAGGCUACAAAUCCCAGAACAAGUUCCUGAACAAAGAGAUCCUGGAGUUGACAGUAUUACGCAGAAACGCAGAGAGUAGAGAGAAGGUUUUAGAAGCAAAGUGUACGGCCCUGGAGGCCAAGCUUUGCCAGGUGGAGAGUAAGUAUCUGGUGCUGCUUCAGGAAUUGAAGAACCCCAUAUGCUCAUUUUCGGAGCAGAGCCCCGCCCGAGAAGUCAUCUCCCGGUUGUUGGAGGACGCGCUGCAGGCAGAAAGCUCCGACCAUCCAGACUUCCCCAUCUUUAAGCCAAACACUGUCAGUGAGUACGACACGUUCGGCUUCAAGACGGUGCCCGAGGAGGAGGAGGAAGAAGAGAGGCUGGUUGCCAAGGUGAGAGCCCUGGAGCUGAAGUCCCUCUCCAUGACGGAUCAGGAGGUGUCCAUCGGCGUGAAGUGGGAGAACUAUCUGUCCAGCACCAUGAACAGAGACCUGGUGCGCUCCCCCGAGAUCAAGGCGCUGUUCCGCUACGGCGUGCCCCAUGAGCACCGCUCCCAGGUGUGGCACUGGUGUGUCUCCUUCCACGUCAAGAAGUUUCGGGACAACUUGGCUCCCGAUUACUAUGAGACCUUGCUGAACGUUGCGAGGGACAAGCCCAACCCGGCCUCCAAGCAGAUCGAGCUGGAUUUGCUGCGUACUUUGCCCAACAACAAGCACUAUUCCUCCCCGAGUGCAGACGGCAUCCAGAAACUCCGGAAUGUCUUGAUGGCGUUCUCCUGGAGGAAUCCAGAUAUUGGCUACUGUCAGGGGCUAAACAGGCUGGCGGCUAUUGCCUUGCUCUAUCUGGAGCAAGAGGACGCCUUCUGGAGCCUUAUAGCCAUUGUGGAGGUCUUCAUGCCGAGAGAUUAUUACACCAAGACUCUGCUGGGCUCACAGGUGGACCAGCGUGUGUUCAAGGACCUGAUGUGCGAGAAGCUCCCUCGGCUUCACGCCCAUUUUGAGCAGUACAAGGUGGACUUCUCCCUCAUCACUUUCAACUGGUUCCUGGUGGUGUUUGUGGACAGUGUGGUGAGCGACAUCCUCUUCAAGAUCUGGGAUUCCUUUCUGUACGAAGGUCCUAAGAUCAUAUUUCGCUUCGCCCUCGCUCUCUUCAAGUACAAAGAGGAAGAGUUUUUGAAGCUGGAAGACUCAACCGCCAUCUUUAAAUAUCUUCGAUGCUUUACACGCACAAUCCUGGAUUCAAGGAAGCUGAUGAACAUCUCCUUUGGUGACAUGAACCCUUUCCCGAUGCGACAAAUUCAGAACCGCCGCUCCUUCCACCUGGAGAAAGUCCGCCUGGAGCUGACCGAGCUGGAGGCCAUCCGACAGACCUUUCUCCGGGAGAGAGAGACGUGUCAGAAGAGACGGAGCUUCGUCAGCGACGAUGAGGAGGAUAACUGACGUUAAGGAUGUCGCUGAAGUACGAUGACAAAAAGAUCAUCUCCAUACACCGCCGUGUUGCGGUUGUAAAGCCCUUUUCAUAUAAGAUGGUUCAAGUUAGUCGGAUUUCAGAGCACGGCCAAUGAACAUUCUAUACAGUCUUGAGUGAAACGCCAUCAGAAGACCUUAACUUUGAAAGCCAAAUGUGCCUUUUCUCAGUAUUUCUCAGUAGUAAUAUUGUAAUAUUUUAUAUAUUGUAAUAUGAGUAAUAUUUCUCAGUAGUGCUUUAUUUGUCGUAUGCUUGUGUGUACGUGUCUAAUGCACAGCUCUUCAACCAUGCCAAGCUACACUUGCAUUCCCAAUCAGUAUUUUAAUAACAUGGCUGUGAUAUUUUAAUAUUUAGCGAUAGAAUGUGUGUUGAAAGGUUGAUUACUUUCACUUUUUGUUUACCUAACUUUUUUUUGUCUUACAACAACACAUCUUUUGUAUUUCAUCCGUGUGUCUCUUGAUGCGCUUGAAUCACUUUUGCUGAAAUUUAAAUUGUGCUGAAACUUUUAAUUUUCAAUCUUGAGAAACUUGUGAUUGUGUCACAUAUCAUUCCAGCCUCUAGAGGUUACACAAAUAUUUCCUUUCAAACCCUUUGAUCAAAAAGGUAAUCUUCGCGUGUGUUAUCGCUUACAUUACAUUAAAAGCACGUGUAAUUCUUUUAUACAUCACGGGUCAGAUCAGAUGACUAGAGACAUUCCUGUUGAGAUAUUAAACAGGUUAUCAGGUCUGUAUUUUUAAGGAGUAUCCCUCUCAAUAUGUUAUUUUAUACUUACGGUAAUUUCAUUACCUACUACUCCCAAACACACGUCUGAAAGCCUUGAACCGUUUUGCACCUUCAUCUGUCGUUAAAUUAAAGAUAAAACUGUUUAACGGCUACUGUGUUUGGUUAGUAGAGAAGGUUUCAAAUUGGUUUUGAUAUCCCAAACUAUAUUAAUGUAUCCCUACAGACAUUAUUUGGCUAUAAUAAGUAGUCUAAAUCUGUAUUUUGAUGAAUUUGGCUUUGCUUGUUUUAGUAAUGUUCUUGAUUUUUUUAUUUUGGGGUUUGUUACAUGCUAAAAUUAUUUAAUUUCCCCUGACUAAAGCCUACUUUGCAAGAAAUGCAGAAAAUGCACAAUGCUGGAUUAGAUUUCAGAUGUGUUAAAGGAGCCCGGUCCUUUUAUCUGGGCUACUGUGUUGCUGGAUUACCCCGGAUAGGUCUGUAUGACGCGCACCUUCUUCCAACCUUGGUCACCCCUGCGAUCCCCUGCUUGCAGGAAUAAUCCACCGUUCUGUAUGUGGUUGAUCUUGAAUAAAAUAGACAUUUGGCUCCUGCAA